AGGGCGCGGGGUGCCCGGUGGGUACGUGCCUGGCAGCACGGUGGGGAGGGUUGGGGAAGGAGCCCGCCGCAUCUCGAUGAGCGGCCUGCAGCCGCUCCUGGCCAGGCCCCUGGAGACGCCGGGACUGCAGUUUGCGGGUUUCCCUGGCAGCCCUCUGCCCCCUCUGCGGACAGGAGACCCUCCUGCUGGGCUUUUUAAAAUCCCACCACUGCUUAGAUUCCUACCAACCGAGUUCUCUUCGCCCCCCUCACAUCUAUUCACUAACCUUUAUGGCUACUCUACCCACUAAGGCACAUUAUUAGGAUGAGUUCCUCACAGUUCGCCCCAUUCCCUGCGGUUCUCAGCACCCCCUCCGUGUUUCCAACUAGAUGGCAGUUACUCCUGUCUAAUUAGGAACCCAGCGGGUGUCAAUGGAGGCCUUCAGCCUCUUCUCCCGAGCUCAUGGUUCCUAUUAUUAGAAUAAUCCUCCCGCGCCCUGCUGUCACAGAGGGAAGCCCCCCUGCUUAGCUGUGUGUUGGGAACUUGGCGUUCCAGGGCUCCCUUCUGGGUACCAUUCUGCAGGUUUCCAUGCCCGUGGCCUGGACAUGUGUGAUCACAUCAUCAGAAAGCACAGAAAGAAAACAGCUCAAGUGUUUUGCUCUCAGGGUUUAAGGCAACCUUGGGCUCAGCCGGAGGAGAGAAGGCUCCUAAAUGUUAUGGAUAGUGGAUUGCUGGACCUACGGCCUUCCCAGGCAGCAGGGUUUGUGUGCGUCCUUUGGUGCUCUGUGUCCAGGCCCUGACGUGGCUCCUGGGGCACUUUUCCAUGGAAGGCUGGAGGGCUCUGGAAGUGUGCUUUGGGGAUUGUCACAUCACUCUGCACAUUUCCCCAGAUAGUGCCAGUUUGAUGGGAUUUCCUCAUGUGCCAGCAGAAGUCACACAUCAGCAAUGGCAAGGAGAAGGUUUCUGUCUCUGUACGUUGGCUUUCUGGGUCUUUCCCUGAACUGGAUGCAAGAGGCACACCAGUUGUAAGUGCCUCCAUCUGGGAUCCUAUUUCAGUUGUUCCUAAGUACCAAGAGCAUCAAUCGUUCCUUAAUAAUAGCUGGCUGCAGAUCUGGAAUUGCUGAGGCAGCUGUUUGCCUCUGAGCCUCCUUGCUCCUAUAGCCCUGGUCAGGGAGGUCUGCUGAGGAGUGGGCUUCAGAGCUGCCCUCUGAGCAGCUAGUUACCCCACCAAACCAGCAGGGCCAUGCUGGCCCUUCCCUGGAGUUCAGGGUUCUCCUCUCAAAAGUGGCCUCGAUUUUGUCUUUUCUCUUGAAAUUAUUGUGGUUAUGUUGGAGCUCAGAAUAUCUUUGUAAAAAUAUUUAACAAUGAAUGACUUUAAAAAAAUCCACAACUUCCAGAGCUUACCCACCAACCCUGCUCAGGCUAGACAUGACAGUUAGACAGUGCCUCGUGAAGGUAGCCCGCCUCCCUGCAGUCCUGUGCCAUCGUGUUCCUGCCCUCACGACUGUGUGCCUGCUGAGGCACAGCCCCCGCCCAGCCCUGUGCAGCUGACUCUUGAUACAGCGGAGGACAGACGUGCAGUCCUGUCAUCGUAGAACAAACACAUCCGUGCUCCGAAGGAAGGGGUGCGUUCCAUGAGCUGUUUGACGGAGGGCCAUGAGUUGAGGUCUCGGGAUGAGAUGGCGUGGCACAGACCCUGCUGCAGGGAAUGGCAUGUGAGAGAAGGCCACCUUCUGUGAUGACUCAUGGUCACCAAGGACUGUGUCCUGAGAGAGCCAUCAGUGGAAGUGGGGUCAUUUUUUCCAGGAAGAAGUCACAGUGUGUCUCUUCUACUGUGCAUAGAGAAGCCGGGUCCUUGCACCCAGUAGAGAGAACACAACUUGUGGGUACGUCCUCAGACUGUCUGCAGAGUGUAACCUGCCGUGGCCUGCCUCCACUGCUAAGGUCACGGCCCUCCCGUGAGACAGGUCAGACUCAGGCUCCGCUUCCAGCCCUGCAGUCUGGCGGUUCCUCUCCACGUGAAGGCCUGUGGUGGGAGAGGUGAGGUAUCUGCCCCAGAGCUGCCAGCAAAGUCAGUGCAGUGCUGGCCCAGCACGUAGGAGGCCCUGGGAUGCCCUGUGGGGCAGGCUCGGGUCACUCCUGCCUACCCUGGAACUAGUCGGGGUUCCCUGAGAAACAGCCAGGAGAGUGUGUGUGUGUGUGUGUGUGUGUGUGUGUGUGUGUGCAGAUUCACUGAGAAGCCAGUUGAAGGAACUGACUCGUGGAACUGUGGCAGUGUAGGCCAGCGGGCAGGAGACCCAGGUGCUGUGGUUUGAAGGUGACGUGUUUCCACCUAAACUCAGGUUCCACCUCAGUCCCCAGUGAAGCAGUGCUCGGUGGUGUGGCCUGAAGCCACUCAGGAUGACUGCCUUGCCUCGCCUCGCACUCCUGUUGCUGGAAGACUGCCCUUGUCUCUGCCUCUCCUUCACGGCCCACCGUGGGUUGGAGCAGCUCGACAGCCCUCAGAUGCCCAGGAGGUGUCAGUACCGUGUCCUUGGACUCCCGGCCUCCUGCACUGAGCCGGGGGACCCCUUUCCUUUAUAAUGUACCCCAUCUUGGGUGCUGGGUCACGGCACAGAAAGCCAAUGAUCCGGGAAGAGCAGAGGACGCAGAGGUCUCUCCUUGUCCGAGGCCUUCAGUUGUGGAGGAGGCCCACACUCGGGGAGGCCACCUGCUUUGCUCAGAGUCCACGGAUUUAAAUGGAAGGAACGAGAACAAGAAAACAAGCUCUCCACAGUGAUUUGUGGACCGUGUUUGACCUGCGUACGGUGGCCUGCCUGAAGCUGACCACGGGAAACUGACCACAUCACCCUCUGUUCUGGGGAGAGAAACGGGGGGGCACCUGGCCCUCCCAGACCUGGACACAGCUGGUGUGGCGGGUAGCCAGGGAGGGGCUUGCCUGGUCUGUGGGGACCCUCUUUGCUCUGCCCUGACCUGAGGGGGCCUCCCUCUCCCAGGAGACGCCUGGUGUUGGCAGCCGAGUCGUUUCUUGGCUGCGUCCUGCCCGGCACCUCGUGAGCCUCGUGUCCUGUUUGGUCUGGCCGCGUGACAGCACCAGGGUUUCUGUGGACCUGCUGGGGCCCGCGAGCUGGACACAGCGGCACCAAGCUGGCUGGCUGUCUUUGCUGGGACAUGCUCCAAGUCCACUGUGAGAAAGUCCUGGAAGCCCUGUGCACUGGAGGAGAGCAGAGUCCAGGGUCCUUUUUCUGACCGUUCCUGAGGGACUGCUUCCGGUGUUUAUGGCAUCGUGGCAAAGGGCCUCACUGCCCUGUUGGAUUUAGGUUUUGCCUGCAGGCUGCUCCUUGACCCAGGUGCAGAGGCUGGGAAGAGAGUUUUAUUUUCAAACCCAGCACGGCCUGGUUCCCUCCGACUCUAAGGAGCUCAAGUGGCUUCCUGGGCAACCCAAAGCAAAACCCAACAGUGUAGACAGCAAAGACGGAGAACCAGGAUCAAAGCGCACAGCUGGAGAGUCAGCUGACCACAAGGAGGGUAGCAAGACAGGAAGAAAGGAACAAAGACCACGCAAAUAGUGAGAAAACUGAGAAAUGGUAGACUGAGUCCUUACCUGUGAACAACUGAGAUCAGAUGCGUUCAGUUCUCCAACUGAAAGACCUGGAGAGAUGGUGACUCUCACCUGUAGACUCAGGAGUCUGAGGCAGGAGGAUUGCAAGUUAGAGGCCAGCCUGGGUAACUUAGAGUUUCUAUCUCCAAAAGGGCUGGGGAUGUGGCUCAGUGGCAAAACAACCCUGGGUUCACUUCCCUGUGGGGGCGUGCAACGGCUGUAUAUGCUGCCUCGGGGAGACACAGUGAGCCUUUGAAGACAGCCUGAGGUGAGGGGACAGGAGGGGUCUCCGUGCAGUAGAAGCCACAGAGGGGGUGGCUGUAAUAUCAGAGCAGACUAGAGAGAGGCUGCAAGCCCGCAUGCAGCUCUGGUGGUGCGGGGAGCAAAGGGUCAGCUCCUUAGCAGUGCAGCUUCCCUGCGGGUGGCUGGGCAGGCCCCCCUGGGUGGGCUGGGCAUGGGGGCCCUGCGCAGGCAGGCUGCGGUGCUAAGGCAGCAGGGACCGGAGGCCAUGCCUUGCUGGGGGUCUUUCCUGUGCCCCAUUCAAAGCAGAGCCGCGUUGGGACCUGUGUUCUUGAGGCUCGGCUUGCUCCUUCCUGCCAUCUUGCCACCCCUCUGCUGUGGUUUGACAGAGUGUGGUGCUCGCGUCCUCUGGGCAGGCCUCUCGUACUCUCAGGACAUUCACAGGUCUGUGGAAGUCCCUUUGUAGGAAAGCCUCCUAGCUAGGGCCAGUCUGUGACCCCCAGGGAGAAGGUGGCCAUUGGCCAGGUGCAGAGCAUCAGGAAGGCUCUUCUGGUGAGGGUGGUCCCAAGGCUGGAGCCACUUCCAACCCUCCCCCCAGCACGGGCCCUCGGGAGCUGGUCAGGACUGGAGACCCAGCUGUGCAGAGUCAGAGCCCCUCUCCUGGUCUUACUGUCUCACAGCUGUCCCAGGCACAGGGCUGAAGUUUUGGCCCUGGAGGGACCUCAGGAGGGACAUGCUGCCCGUGACACCUCUCUCCAGGCCCUGCACUUCUCACCUGAGGCUGCGGCUCCACCCUUGCUGUUUGGCAUUGAUGUCUUAAAUGACAUAUUUGCCAAAGUCGGACCCUUGUUUUGCAAAAGAGCGUCUCUGAGCCUGACUGUUCUCUCCCCCUGUGUAAUAUUGAAGCUAUUGACUCCAAACUUUCAUUUUAAGGGGGAAACGUGAAAUCAAAAUCACUGUUGGCAACUUUCACCUACAAACCAUAUUUAUCCAGAUGUCACAGAUGUUAAAAAGAGUUUGCAAAACAGGAAAUGGUGGCCCAGCUUGCUCCGAUUCAGUCUGGGGCAGGACGGGAGACGAAUGUGCUUCCACCCUGGAGCCCGCCCAGCAGGAACACGGGGCAGGACACUUCUAGUUCACAGUGACAGAUCACCCUCAGUCAUGAGCCUCCUCCCUCCUCCCUGGAGAGGGCAGACCACCAGGCCUGGGCGAGGCGCCUCCCGCUUCUCCUCCGCCAGGCCCCAGGCCCCAGCAUCCAGGCGGCAAGUGCGCUAGCUUCACCCACAUGGAAUCAGAGUUCCAGCACCUGAAAACCAGAACUCGCAGCUGCUGAGAUUCUACAGAGGAGACACGUGCAAGAUCACAGCCACCGUUGGGUGGGGUUCAACUAGAACGUCACGGGUCCUGAUCAGUGCCUCUUCUAAGUUGAUGGCCACUGGAUACAGAUUGAAAACGGGGUGGGAUGCCCUCUCCCACCUCUUUGAUCUGUUUGGUUAGGAUUUGAGAGUCCCUCUUUCAGUAUUCUCACAAAGGGGCAGCACAAUUGUCAAAAAGAACUGGUGCUGACUGUUCAGGUGUGGCAGACCCCAGACAGCUGUCAGCUGGCUGUCAUUUGUCAUGAGAGCUAACUCUUACUCUUAGAAACCCCAGGAUGCAGGAAGCACCUUCCGGCCCCCUUCCUCCUCUUAUCCGACCCUAGACUCCUGCCUCUCUCCUUCCUUCCUGGUUUUCACUUCCUUAAAAGACACUGGUAUUUUCUGUGUUUAGAAUGCAUGUCAAUGGCAUUGUAUGGUAACUUUCUGCAAAUAAACCUUCAGAAAUUAAGGUUCAUGUUUUUGAGGUGGACUUGGGUGGACACAGGGAGAUCCAGUUUUACCAUUUUCAGAGUUUCGCGGUGGUGAUGUGUACUCGGUAGUCAAGCAGUCCUCUGUGUUUGUACAAAAGGAAUCGGAGGAAUCUUGGUAAAACCUGGCUGAGCCCUCGGACCCCAGCCCCACUGUCCUAGAUUCGUGUCUCCAAGCCGUGGCUGACUUCCCAUGUUGAGACGACAGAGUCCAGCUCCCCACGACCCCAGCCAGCCCCAGCGUGGACCAGGCUUCUUUCCACACUGUCCGCCUUGCUCUUCUCUCAGUUUUCCGUGUGUUCCACAUCCCAGAGGAGACUCACGGGCCCUGAGCAGGAGCCAGGGACACAAGCCCUUGCUUGUGUCCUGCCAAGGCCCUCACCUGGUUUGAAAUCCAUUAGAAUUCGGCUGAGCUCCACGGGGCUGGGACUCCUUGCCGUUGCGCAGGCACCCAGCCCUGUCUGCAAACUGCAGGUGCUCCCCACCUCUCUGCAGUGAGCACUGGUCAUUUACCAGGGUGAGGAGUGCGUGGGUAUCUGAGUAGACGACUGGACUAGCUCCAGGAUCCUGAGUCUGAUGGCAGGGGAUCUGCAGCACGCUCAAGUCAAGCUGACCUAGACGCUGCUCGGGACUGGAUCUCGGCUAGGAACCUGACAGGUUACAACGGUACACCUUUCUCCAGGGUCUCGGUGGUUCUGGGGGUGAUGUUCAUAUUCAUGCUGCACGUCCAGUUGAACAGAUAAUUCUGUAAUCUGGGCCUCCAGGAACAGCAAGUGCUUCCAGUUUCAAAAACAGUGUCACAGUUUGCGUCCUGAUCUCACUUGCAGAGACCCAGAGCACGAUCGGCAUUCGUCUGACGUGGAGACUCUUGAAUGAGUCCGUCUUUCUUUCAGUACUUCAGUCUGACUCAAGGGAUUCAGCCAUGCCGUAGCAGAAGCAGGUGAGCCCUCGGCUUGCACUGAAGGAGGACCUGGGGAAGUCCCCGCCUCGGCACCUGCCGGGGAAGUGACACCUGCCCAGUUGAAAAGGAGCGCCAGCCGACCUGCCGCCAGUGCCUCCCCCAGGUGCACACAGGACAGACACCAAAACUCAGUGAUGUAGAUGAUGGCGCCUGCCUUGACCCCGCAUCCAGAGACGCCUGCCUUGGAACCACUUUUGGAACAGAGUGUGAAUGAUCGGGAGGCACCCGAUGACAGACAAGGGCAGCUGAAAGCAAGGUCUCCGAUGUGCACAGUGACCUUUCCUGACACCCACCUGGCAGGUGCGGAUGUGGACUUGACAGCCUUGAGGCCAGGACACAGACCGCAUCCUCCAGCUGACCUUUGGGUGUAACUACAAAUGGGAGUCAAAAAGAAGGAUCCGGUCUGUACCUACAGUGGAACUAAAACCCAGGUCCUUAAGGUCCCGACCCUUCUGUCUGAGGCAGCAGCGUUGUGAUACAGUGCUCCUGUGGGGACACUGGGGGUCAGACACACGUGACAGACCAGUCCCACAGACAAAGCCACAUCAGCCAGCGCUGCAGCCCCACGUCUGUCCCAUGCGUGGACUAAAGCCUCACAGUCCCGGCCACGCUGCUGGCCGGUUCCUCUCCACCUGAGCAAAUCCCCGGCCAGCGCUGAAGCCCCAGCGUUCAAAAGUUCAGCGAGUGCUGGGCACGCCCUCCUUGCAGGGGAGGAGAGGGGAAGGGCAAGAAGGGAGCAGUGUGCACAGGGGGAAAACUGUGGACAUAGUGAAAUCUGAUCGCGUGCCAGAAAAGCGUGUGAAGCUAGUGACCCCUGAACAACGCCUGGCCACGACCAGGCAUGUGCGGCCACUGAGCGCGCGGGCGGCGGCAAAGCACAGACCGCCAUGGAGAAUUCUGUGGCCCCCUGCGUCCUUUACCCAGGGGACCGCGGCGUCAGCGGGACGGAGCCUGGGGCUCCGGGAGAGGGCAGCCUGCAGCCGCCGGCCACGGGCGAGGGCGCGGCGUCCCCCACGCAGACACCCUGCAGUCUCCGCGCGUCCCUGUGCUUCAGCUCCGGGGACGACUCUCCGCCGCAGUCUCGCGCUGCCGCCGCGUAGGGUGCGGCGGCGUUGUCGCCCUCGCACCGCAGCGGCCAGCGCGUGGUGGAGACGCAGUGGGAGGUCAGCAGCGCGGGCGCCGCGUCGCCGGAGGAGCUAGUGUCCCCGGAAGAGCCCGUGUCCCCGGAAGAGCCCUCGUCCCGCCAGGAGCGCGCGCGCCCUGCGGAGUCUCUGUCCCUGGUGGAGUCCCAGGAAGAGCUCGGAGAACCCGCGCCUGUGCCCCCCGGGGUCGGGACCGCGCACGGAGAGCCCGACCUGGUUAUCGAGGUGUCCGGCCGGCGGCUGCGGGCGCACAAGACGGUGCUGGCGGCGCGCAGCGACUACUUCCGCGCGCGCGCGUCUCGGGACGUGCUGCGGGUGCAGGGCGUGAGCUUCGCGGCGCUGCAGCUGCUGCUGGCCGACGCGUACAGCGGACGCAUGGCGGGCGUGCGGCCCGACAACGUGGCUGAAGUGGUGGCUGGCGCGCGCCGCCUGCAGCUGCCUGGCGCCGCGCAGCGCGCCACCGACGCCGUAGGGCCGCAGCUGAACUUGGCGAACUGCUACGAAGUGCUGAACACCGCCAAGCGGCAGCGGCUCUCGGAGCUGCGCGACGCCGUCUACCGCUUCAUGAGCGACCACUACCUGGAAGUGCUGCGCGAGCCCGCUGUGUUCGGGCGCCUGUCGGGCGCCGAGCGCGACUUGCUGCUGCGCCGCCGUCUGCGCGCCGGCCGCGCCCGCCUGCUGGCCGCCGCGCUCGGGCCAGCCGGGGAGCGCUCAGGCAGCCGCCCGCAGAGCCCGUCAGGGGACGCGGACGCGCGCGGCGACGCGGCCGUCUACUGCUACCACGAGGCGGCCGGCGAGUGGCGCGAGCUGACUCGGCUACCCGAGGGCGCGCCGGCGCGCGGCUGCGGCCUGUGCGUGCUCUACAACUACCUCUUCGUGGCCGGCGGCGUGGCGCCCGCAGGCCCUGAUGGUCGCGCGCGCCCGUCCGACCAGGUCUUCUGCUACAACCCGGCCACCAACAGCUGGAGCACCGUGCGGCCGCUGCGUCAGGCGCGCUCGCAGCUGCAGCUGCUGGCGCUGGACGGCCACCUGUACGCCGUGGGCGGCGAGUGCCUGCUCAGCGUGGAGCGCUAUGACCCGCGUGCCGACCGCUGGACCGCGGUGGCCCCGCUGCCCCGGGGCGCCUUCGCCGUGGCGCAUGAGGCCACCACCUGCAAUGGCGAGAUCUACGUGUCGGGGGGCUCCCUCUUCUACCGCCUGCUCAAGUACGACCCUCGACGCGACGAGUGGCAGGAGUGCCCGUGCAGCAGCAGCCGCGAGCGCUCAGCCGACAUGGUGGCCCUGAAUGGCUUCAUCUACCGCUUCGACCUAUGCGGGGCUCGAGGUGAAGCUCAGGCGGCGGCCGUUCCGGGCGGCGGGGUCAGCGUCUUCCGCUACCACUGUCUAGCCAAGCAGUGGAGCCAGUGCGCCGCGCACCUGCGGCCUCCGGGCGCCCCAGCCGGCCCGCAGCCCUUCCGCUGCGCCGCCCUGGACGGCACAAUCUACUGCGUGAGCCGAGCGGGCACCUGGCGCUUCGUGCCCUCGCAGGAUGGUGAGGCCGGCGGCGACGCAGGCGCCGGCGGCAGCUUCGAGCCAGAGCCACUGGGAGCCCCCCUGGACAUCCGGGGCACACUCUUCCCAUUUGUGCUCAACCUGCCUGAGAAGCCGGACCGGGGGGAGCAGGGCGCGGCCUAGGGCAGGCCGGGAUCACUGGGCAUCUCCCUUGGGCAGCUGUGGGACCAAAGGGGUGGCCCCGAGGGCUGCAGUUCCCAGUGGGUAGGGGGCAGAGGAGAGGAGGAAGAGAGCGGUGGGGUGGGUUGCUGCUCACUGCACCAUGUAUACGCUUUGAGGAUAGAAGCUUUGGGGCCCUGAGGCGUUUUUCCGGUGCCUUUCUCAGCGCUUCUCAGUUCUGGAUUCUUUUUUGCUUCAUUUUGCUUAGUGGGUGGAUGGCAGAAGACGUAAGACGUGCGCAAAUGGCUUUAAGAUGAGAUGCAGGAUACCUAGGGGAGGAGAGGGGUCAACAGAUGGGUCCUCAGGUGCAGCUGCGGCCCUGGGGGUGCAGGAGGGUGAAUAUAAGGUACAGCCCUCUCGGGGAACUGAGCCCUGAGCACGGAGGAGGCGAUUAGAGGUGCUGGGCAGGGUUCCCUCGUGGCCAGGCCAGAGGGAGUCCUAAAGUAGGCCUGCACCAGCUCUUAGUGCAGCUGAAGAGAGAAGUCACCCUUCUGUUUUGUUUUGGGCCUGAGGUUAAAGCCAGAGCUGAUAGGUAAAGCUUUCUGUGAUUUAGUUAAACAGCUCGUGUCACCAUGGCUGCAGUGGUGGUGGGCUCAGCUGUAGAGGGACUUAACCUUUAAUUACCAAUGGGAUUUCUAGGCCCUGGGGCCCUGCAGUGUUUCCUCUGCCAAUCACUGGACACAUCACUGGGGUCCCCGCAAGCCAGAGCAGUGAGGCCAUUGAGUGGAGGGGCCUGGAGUCCUUGGUGGCAUGGUGAUGAUUCACUGUGACUUGACUUUUUGAUCUUUGGUGAUGAAAUGUCACCUGGCAGCACAUGGAAUCAGGAAAGUUCACUGAGAAGGCACUUGUCUGUUUUGAAAGGACCCUGUGACAGCCAGUCUUCUCAUUCCUGCCACCUUCUAGAAGGAGCAAGAGGAACACUUCCUAAAAAAGAGGGUCAGAAUCAUUUUUGACAGUUCUAAAAAUGAAUGAAACAGGCACAUUUUAAACCCAUUACCUAAUGUUUUAAAUGUGUACCAUGUAAUUCUGAUGAGGGAUAUUAAUUUACCAACAUCAUUCUAAGAAAACAAGGCAGAGUGACAUGUCAUAGGAAUAUAACAAGGGAAGAUGUCAUGUAUUUUUAAUGUAGUUCAGCAAGUGACGUUUAUCUCAUUGUGAAUCCCAAAAUACCUGAAUAGAAUGGAAGUGAAACUCACUACUUUGAGAAAGUACAAAGAUAUAAAAGAAAUCAGUUGAUUUCCCCUCAUUUGUUAGGUCAGUUGACUUUUCAGAAAUGCUGGCCAGGACUUCCUGUCCAUUAGUAAUUCAAGGGUAGAACUCACGCUCAUGAACAGGCAAACUGGUUUGGAUUGCAAAUCCAAUUCGUCUUACUGUAAUAGGACAAGUGCACAACUUUCUGGAACAUACCUAGAUGAAACCAUGCAGACCUUGACAUGACUUCCUUAUUAACCAGUGGUGGGAUAGUGGGACGUAGGCGGUGCUUUUUAGAGUCUUUGGUCGUGAAAGUCUUGGUUAAGUGUGUUUAGAAAUGGUCAGCAUGAAACUCAUGCAUGAAGGGAGUGGGAUUCACAGUGGUAGUUGGAGUGUGUUCUGGUGGUGUGCAUGCUUGCUUCUGAGUGUGCAUGAACCAAGAAGAUGUCUUGGAAACUUGGCCAAUCAUUUUGGGAAAGAAAGAGAGACUUACUGAUUUUAUUGGCCUUUUAUAGGCGUAUACUCGAAAAUACUUAACAGCAAAAAGGAACAGGUAGUGUUUUUUGAAGAGAUGUACAUUGUAUAUGGUAGUACAUACUCUCUAGAAUGUUAUUACUAAUGCUAAAAGUUUUAAUAUGAAAAGGGUCCAGGCUAAUACUUUCAUCCCUUAAAUAUCAAAUUCAUAAAACACCAGCAUUGUGAUUCUGCUUGACAAGUCACUCCUGGGACGUCCACUCUUGAGCUGGACCUCCGGAGUGACGGCGCUCCAGAGAGAGGGUAGGAGUGCUGGGUGUCGUUUGGCAUCCCCCGGUGCCCGGGAAGUGAGCUGUUCUUGUUUGGCUUGGUGGCAGAGUGCCCUUGGGAACUGGUGGCAGGUCCCCGAGGCGGAAGGAACGACUGCUUCCUUAGUAGUAAAGGGAUCCUGGCCAACCCCUGUUGACCGUCACGUGAGAACAAAGGCCGGAGGCCCUGACGCCUGGAGAGCACCAGGCUGCUUGCCUUUGUGGGGCCGGGCCCUGUGGUGGGCAGCAAGGCUAGCACCCAUCAAAGACGCCCUUUGAGGACAUGGCUGAGACUUGCCCUGAGGCCUGAGGAGGGUCCUGUGGCCUUCCGUCAGGUGUCUAAGUCUGCGUCCCACGCAGCUCAGGAAGGUAGUUGGUGUGAACAAUCGCUGGUCACUGGGGCGUAGGAAGAGGUUUCUAGGUUUAGGACACCGUGUUCUCCUAAGGUCAGCCUUUGCACACUGGCCUCUCCUGCUGGGAGGACAGUGCCGCUCUCAGGAAGUGUGCACGCGAGGGCUCUGCCCUCUGGGUAGCUGGCAGCAUCGACUCUGGGUUGUCCGUCGAGGGCACGUGCUCAGCGCAGCCCUGUCUCCCUUCUGUUUCGUGUUCUGGGGGGAGCACCCCAGCUCUGACUCUUGACAGCUCUCUGGAUCUGGGUCAUGGUGACUUGAUCUUCCAGGCUGUGGUGACUCCUGUGUCUUUUCCUCUUAAGAAAACGCUGUGCGGAUUGAGUUGCCCUCAGUUAAAUCUCUGACCUGUAUUGGUCUUGCUGCAAAUACUUAGGCAAGAAAUGAGCCAUCUGCUCCACUUGGUUAAUUCUGGGCCUUCAGGGAUUCUGCUGCAGCUGUGUGCUCUCCAGGUCUCUUGGGAAACUUCCUGUUGCUGUUGCUGUUGAUGUCCGCAGCUCUGGGCUCUUUGCUGAAGUUGGGACAGUCGGUGCACAGUUGCCGUCACCUCUUGGCAGGGUGCUUGUUUGUGCUUAGUCAAUGCCUCCCUGGCUGACGGGGGCUUUCUUUGGCGGUUCCGUGUCACUGUUUUGACCCCCUUCUUCUGCAGUGUCAUUAUCUGCGAGGAGGCAGGGUCAGGGGCUCCAAGUGGAACCAGAGGUCGGAGCUGUGUCAGGGUUCCUUCCAGCAGCCACCACAUUUGUGCUUUCUUCACGUCCACAAAGACGACGGGACUCGGGAGCAGCGGGCCCUACACAGGGCCAGUGUGGCAGGUGCUCUGGGUGGCUCGUGCCUGGAUUCGGAUUGAGUGAAAGCCCACAGUUGUAUUGUGAGUUGAACACCCCAGUGCUUGGCAGAGCCUACGUAGUCCCACUAACCAGUACUUACAUGCUGCCCUUUACUAAUGACCAGCUAGCUGUACCUGUGUAAGGCAAGUUCAGAGCAGUGCUACUGUGUCUAUUAUGCGUUUAUCAGCGCUUGAGCAUCAAUGCUGUAAAACCCUUUAUGUGUGUGGACCUAUGCAGAGGUGAAAUAAACUGUGUGGAACGCCAGUGCC